AUACAGUUUACGGUUUUCCAUAAAUGCGCCAAAUAAAUCAUCCAGUUAUUUAAUGUGAUGUAGCCCUAUUUAUUCUGGCUGUACAGCCAUAAGAAUAAAUAGGCCUACCUUAAAAAAAGAAAAAGAAAGGGUUGUAAACAAGCACUUUGCCUCCCAUCUGUUCUAUUCUACAUGCAACAACAUUUUACCAGUCUGCAUUAACUCAAGUAUUGUAGCCUUUAGAUUAAGCCCAUUUGUAUGGAAGCAAAUAAGAGACUUUGAACCCGCGCCGCUGCAGGACUCAGCCAACAUGGGGAGAACGCGCCCACUGACGUCCACUGUCUCUGGUCCUGUCCGGUCCUAUCGAGCAAAGACGACAAGAAGAAAAUACUCUAGAGGGCAGCAACACACCAUGCACCGCCAAGUAGUCAGCCUCGAGAGGAAGAAGAAGGAAGCGUUGCCAUCUUCUGGUGCACAUGUUUGUUUGUAUGCGGAUGGGACAAAGGUGACAGAGGAAUUCUUCCCCACUCUGCCAGACAACACAGAACUUGUUCUUCUCCGCAGAGAUCAGACAUGGAGUGGAGUUGUGUGUGACAUCGGCCAGUUACUGAGCACAGACCGGCACGCCGCUGGCCUCGUUGAAGCCGCGAGAGGGCUCCUGUCUGAUGAGCAGUCUCCUAAAAGGCGUAAAAUCCUGACUGACCUGCUGCUCAACCUGGAGGACAGAUCUGAGCUGGAGAGCAGAGAGGAGGAUGAAGACUGGUUCAAAGGUAUUGAUGCUCGUUUCAAGACAAAGUCGGCCUACAUGAAGUUCAACUGUGAGAGCAGGAUACGAGGCUACAUGAAGGAGGUGGAUGGUGCCUCCAAAUCCAUACAGAAUGCUAAAGUCAGGGAUGAGUUUCUGAAAGCAUCCAAAUCCCUGGCGGAAACGCUGAAGGCAGCAAGGCACAACGGCUGCUACUUUGACAGGAGUGAAAAGGAACCACAUCGCCUCUGCACUCGGGAAGGAUGGUUUACCUGCCAGGGAUCGUUUGAGCAGCAAGUGUGCCAGUCUCUCCACUCCAUCAACCCCUACGGCAGCCGAGAGAGCAGGAUUGUCUUCAGCACGUGGAAUCUGGACCACAGGAUAGAAAAGAAGAGGACGGUCAUUCCCGCUCUGCUGGGAGCUCUACAGAAUCACAAGAGCACCGACGUCAACCUGAACUACUUCUACUGCUUGCUGUUCACCAGGGAAAACCUGAAACUGGUUCACAUCGUGUGCCACAAGAAAGGAGCUCACAACCUGCUGUGUGACACCAAGAAGAUUUUUAGACAAGCCGUGAACACAGACAAAGCAAAACAGAAGGUCAGAGGGAAGAAGAGGCGCUUGGUGUGAAUAUUUUUGACUCUGCUUUUAUAAAAAAAUAACUGUUUGUAUUCAUUUGUAUGAACUGCGACAAUAUAAUUACACUGAUCUCAAAGGUUACUGUAGCGAGAUCAGAUGGACAGUAAUGUAACCUUUUUUUCUUUUCUUUUUUUUAACCAUAUUCUGCUUUCUGAAUCAGUGUCGCUGCAGAGCUUUAAUACAGACUGGCAGUGCUUUGUUAGACAAAUGCAAUUAAACUUCCACAAACCUUGAAA